CGGCUAGCUGACCACCAGUCGUCAGUUUCGAAUCACGCGAGAUCAAACGCGCUCACUGAUUUCUCUUUCUUUUUUUUCUUUUUCAAUUGUGUAUCGCGAUGUCCUACCGUUGGUGCGCGCUUUUCUUUUGUUUGCUGGCGGUUUUUCCGCCGCGCGGAAGUCAUUGCGCCGCAAAUGUCACCGAUGUCGCGGAACAAACGCAGGCGGAGAACGCGUUGGCGAAGCUGGUGAAAAUGUUCUCCAAACCGGGCGCGUUCAAGCGGAUCGACGCGAUACUCGGCGAGAACACGAUAGAGGCAUCGUUCACGAGCUGUCCCAUGGGCGAGGAGGGCCUGGAGUGCCGAAGGGCCGAGGCCCGCAGAUCGGCCGACUGUCCGCGAGGAGACUGUUUCUGUUACGAUUGCGCCGCCGCCGGAGCUGAUUUAUGGGCCUCCUGUUGCCGUGAAAGCUUGAGAUGCUGCUCUCACCUCGCGGCAGCUUGCAGGACAUGCGACCAGCCGACGCUGUAUCCCUUCUGCGCGAAGCACUUCAAGAAAUGCUUGGCUCAGUACAACGAGAAAAAGCAGAAUUAGCGGCCGCGCAUCUUCGGGAUCUUCGGCGGCGUCUCACAAUCUGUGAUAGAUCGAUUUUAUCAUGACGAUCAUCGACGAUCUUGCGGCACUCGACUCGCCUUCUUCGCGAUCCAAUUGUUACAAUUUCGUCGUAUUUACGCGGAGCGAAAGCUAUCAGCCAAAAAGGACGCGAGACACUUAACUUAAUCGUGUUAGCAAUUGCGCAAUCAAAGUACGCCGUGCAUUUCUAAAUAUAGCGUUUAUCUACAAAGUCGUUGAACUGGUCCUGCCUGAUUAUUUCUGAUCGCAAUUUCAUCGGAACGAAUACUUUAGAUAUUCCGCGAUGGAGAUUUAUACACUUGAACUUCGGCAGCGUGCAUUAAAUGAGAAAUUUACAGGAUGGACAUUUAUACAUUGCGGAAUAAUAUUAUUUGUAAAACAAAACGAUUUUUUUUAUAAAAAGAAAUAAAAUUGUUUUGUUUUUUCGCACAUAAGAGGAUUGCUGAAAAUCAGAUUUGUGAAAUUCGGUUUAGAAUUACUGCGCAUUACGGAAGAUUUUUUUCUGUGAAUUUUUAUUUAUCCGAUAGUUUCGGAAAAAUAAUGAUGCAACGUAAGCAGAAAGAAUGUAAAAAAUUUUUAGAUUUAUGAAUCUAAAAUAUAAAUUAAGAUAUAGGUACAUAAAUCAGUGAACUCAUAUAUCUGUACACUCGUGAAUUUGCGAAUACAUAGUUUUGUACACAGUACAGCAUGGAUCAACAUUUUAUUCUUUGAUUUUUGGCAAGACACUCGAAUAAUUAGAUAACUAUAAUGAAACACACAAAAUUUCGAAUUUCGUCGAUAAACGUAGAUUAAUUACCAAUAUUACUAACGCAAGUCUCUCGCAGAUAUGAAUUAAUCAAAAAAAAAA